AAUCCAAACAAAGCUGAAGCACAAACUCAAUUUAGCCCAGAAAAUCCUUAUAUUUCAGAAAUAAUUCAGGAAAAAACUAAUGAAAUCAAUACAGAAACACAAAUCAUAUCUCAAUCUCCAAUAGAGACAACUUCAUCAGAAACAUCUCAGACAGAAGAACAUGAGCUCACAGACACAAAAACAGAAACUAAUAAGAUGGAAACAACUGAAAAUGAACCAGAAGCUGCAGAUAUAUCAGCAAACAAUGCUACAACAACAGAUAUAGAAAUAAAAAUCAUAUCUAAUAAUGAAAAGAACAACAAAGACGAAAGAGAAUUUACUCUUGUUAUCUCAAGAAAAGGAAAAUACAAAAACAAAGUGAAGAAAGCAAGUUUUUCUCCACUCACUAGAGUUAACAAAGUAAACAAGGAGAAUAACUCUCAAGAAAUUACUUCUCCUC